GAGUUUCUUCAAGAGCUGCAGAGAUACACAGGGGAGGAGGGAGAUCUCACAGAGAAGGAGGGGGGUAGACAAGCGAAAUCAUCCCUCUUUCAGCUUGUGAGCGAGUCACUGCUGCUUCCUCCGCACUCAGAUGUAACAGGAUAAAAUGCUCAAGUUCUUCUCCCCACGGGAUGACGAGAAUGAAAGCCUUUUGGGAGGAAUAACAGAGGAUGAAGGUGACAACCCAUCUCUUCAGGACACCAAGCAGCACUGGCUAAACAGACCCUGCCUACUUGUCCUCAAAGAUGCAGAUGUUUCAAAAUCAGGCCUGGGCACCAGUCAAAUCAGGCCAGAAUCUCCAUCCAAAGCCCCCUCAGACACAACAGUCAGAGGUACAUUAGGACCAUGUGAGCAGAAACCAUCUGAACAUCCCACCAAGUUGUCCUCACACUCCCAGCUGGAGGAGGGCAGCUGCACUGUGACCCCCAUUUCCACAUGGGGUGAGAGGGAGUCGUCCAGCUCCCUGAUGUUGAGCCCUGCAGAGGCUGUGUGGCCAGAGGAGGAAGAAGAAGAGGUGGAGGAGAAAAAGCCUCAAGUUCUCCCAUCAAAAGAGGACUUUGUGAUUGAGGAGAAGGAGCUGGAAGAAAGUGGGCUGGAGCAGCAAGAGUAUUCCAGCAGCUUGGAUGCAACUGGAGCACCUUCCGCUCCAUCAAUGGAAAAGACAUGUGGUAGGGAGUUGAGCCAGUUUAAGAUGACCAGAUCUGAGGUAGCCGAUAACAAUGAUAACAAAUCCCAGGCAGUCAGUGGAGAGGGAGCGAUGGGGGAGUGUGCAGCUCCACUGGCACAUCCUGAUAACGAUUCCCAAAUGAGCCCUAAUGGAAUUCUCUCCAAGGAUCGAGGCACUGUCCUUGGGGAGGUAGCUCCAGUAUGGAUCCCUGAUGCUGAAGCUCAGGUCUGCAUGAAGUGUGGAGUCAAGUUUACAUUUACAAAGAGGAGGCACCACUGCCGUGCUUGUGGGAAGGUUUUUUGUGCACUUUGUUCCAAUCUGAAGUUCAGACUUACACAUCUGGAUGGCAAGGAGGGACGGGUUUGUGUUUCCUGUCAUUCAACCCUCAUCAAAAGGACACCUCCAAGGAGAAAAAGGAGGGUGUGGUUUGCAGAUGAAAUCGUCACUGAUCAGCAGUCGGAAUCUGCUCCAACCACACCAGUGAGGGGGCCCACCUUCUCACCGCUGAUGAGACGAGCACUGGGCGGACCUGUUGAGAGUCCCGUUGGUUCCCCCCAGAUGAGGAGAACCAUGGGGCCACAUGGGACAGCUAUUAGUGAGGCAUGUGGCCCGUAUGGCUGGGGCACCACAGCUUUAAGGAGCAACUCUGCCAACCUCAUUCCCUUGGUUGGCCUGCCACCCAUCCUCACCUCUACAGGAGUCAAAGGAGACUACACUGUGGAGGAGAAGCCCUCUGAAAUGCUGCUUAUUCAGGAGCUGGAAAGUGGAAGGCCAAAGCCCCUGGUGUUUGUACUCAAUGCCAACCUGCUUGCUAUGGUCAAACUGGUCAACUAUGUAAACAGGAAGUGCUGGUGUGUGACAACAAAGGGGAUGCAUGCUGUGGGUCAGGUGGAGGUGGUGGUAUUGCUUCAGUGCCUACCUGAAGAAAAAAGCUUCCCCAAAGACAUUUUCAGUCACUUCAUUCAGCUGUACAGGGACACCAUCACAGGGAAGGUUGUAAAACACCUGUCACUGUUCCUGUUUGGCAGCCGUUUCUUAGGUAGUGGGGAACAUGCAGGCUUCCUGUAUGUUCGCUCCACUCUCCAGUCCCUUCAGGGUCUACCUCUGCCAAACCAGCCCUACCUCUUUGGCCUGCUGGUCCACAGAGCAGAGGUGGCCUGGGCCAAAACCUUUCCCUUGCGGCUGAUGCUGCGCCUGGGAGCUGAGUACAGAUUUUAUCCAUGUCCACUGUAUAGCGUGCGCUUCAGGAAACCCUUGUUUGGGGAAAUAGGUCACACCAUAAUGAGGCUGCUAGUGGACUUUAGGAAUUACCGUUACAGCCUACCAAUGGUACCGGGGCUUACUGUGGAUCUAGAGGCUCAGAAGACUCGCAUAAAGAUACCAACCACUGGUUAUAACGAGUUUAUGAAGGCCAUGAACAAGUCCAAUGAACACGUGCUGGCCGUAGGAGCGUGUUUCAAUGAGACCGCAGACUCUCACCUCAUCUGUGUGCAAACAGAUGAUGGCCAGUACCAGACCCAAGCCAUCAGCAUCCACAAUCAGCCACGUAAAGUUACUGGAUCGUGCUUUUUUAUAUUCAGUAGCGCCCUGAAAGCAUCUGCAGGAUACUUGGCCAAGUCCAGCAUCGUAGAGGAUGGGCUUAUGGUUCAGGUCACCGUGGAAACUAUGGUGGAGAUCCGUAGGUCGCUACGGGAGAUGAAAGACUACACUGUCACAUGUGGCCGGCUUGACCAACCAGAGGGCCAAGAGCUUGUUUGUUUACAGUGGGUGGAGGAAAAAUGCACUGUGAAUAAGGGCAUCAUAAGCCCCAUCGAUGGGAAAUCCAUGGAGUCUAUCAGCAGUACAAAGAUGUUCCAGAAAUCAGAAUACAAAGAGAAUGGGAAGAUCAUCCGCUGGACAGAAGUAUUCUUCCUGCAGAGAGGCCAGAACCCCACAGGAGGGGUGACUGACUCUGCUGAACACAGCCGGCUAACAGAGCGCAUCGCCCGGGCUUUCUGCUUGGCAUUGUGUCCUCACCUGAAACUUCUGAAGGAAGACGGGAUGGCCAAACUGGGGCUGCGUGUCACUUUUAACCCUCAAGAGGUGGGGUUUGUGGCAGGGAGUAAUGGACAGCCGCUCCCAGCUCAGUACCUAAAUGCCCUCGAUAGUGUGCUGAUUCCCGUCAUUCACAGCAGGGGGCGCAAGAGGGGUGAUGAGCCUAUUGUGAUGGAGUUAAUCUUUUACAUCCUGGAGAACAUCACUUAGAGCACACAGGGAUCAGACAGGUUCAUUUUCAUAAGUCAUAAGUCAGGCUAUGAAGGUGCUGUCUCCAGCACCUCUGGUCAGCGUGACCAUCUCUUUCAGAGCACCAAAGGUAUUUCAGUCAAUCCUGGAUGUCACCCAUUCACAUGAGACAAGUGGUCAGACUCUUAGCAGCUCUCUGAUCUCACUCCAUUCAGUCAUGGACAACCAGGCUAUGCAUGAAACUUAUGGACCAUCAGAUCAGAUCCGAGUGCAGCUGCUGCACAGUAGUAGCAUCUUCAUAACUGAUCAUUCACGUCAUGAUGCUCUGCACAUGUUUCUAAAUGGAGAUAUCUUAAAGGUGAGCUGGAUUCAGCCCUUUGACCUUACAGCAGAGAAAAAGAGAAUGACUUUAAAAACAGUAUUUAGUAGAGCUGUAGCAAUUUGAUGCACAUUGAAUGAAUGCUUGAAGAAUGUUUUCAUACUGGAUGUAUUUUAAUUGACUGCUCAUGAAUUGUAACAAUAGCUUGGAAUUAAACUUGCAACAAUGAAAAGAC